GUCACUCUUUCCAGGACUUAGCUUCCCCCUUUUUGCCUUGUGGUGAGAUAUGACUGUCGUGCCUAAAAAGAAGAGUGCAACCUCUGCUGAGCUUACCCCUGCGAAAAAAUUAAAGGUAAGUAAGAAAAGCAAUAAGUCCAACCUGAAAAAUAAGAAAGCGGAGGCUUUAAAUCAACAUGCAAAAAACUCCGAAAAGCAAAUUGCGGCGGCUAAGAAUAGUAAAAAGGUUAAAAAAGUUAAAAAAACUAAAGGAAUGGACACCUCCAUAGAGGAUUCAAAGUUGUUGGUUGAUGAAUCCGAGGAAGCUGUUCCUGAAGUAGUUAAUAAUAACAAAGCGACAAAGAAAAAACUUCAAAAGAAAAAAAAAGAGAAAGCUCAGCCGAGUGAGGAAGAAGAAAAGGCUAUUGAAGAAGUAGAUACCGGUGAAAGCGGUGACGAAGAACCCAUGGACGUUGAGGAGGCGGAGCCGGAGUCCAGUGAAGAUGAAAGCAAGGAAAAUAAUUUCAAGAUUCAGGAUAAGUAUAAGGGAAACGGUUCUUUAGAGCCUAAAACAAUUACUUGUAAAGAUUGUUCCAAAAAUUUCGAGUUCUCCGUGGGUGACCAGGAAUUUUAUGCCGAGAAAGGUCUAGUUGAACCUCUUCGUUGCAAAGAGUGCAAACGACUUAAAAAGCAAAAGUUUAAUGACUUAAAGGGCAAACGUGGUCGCGGACGUGGUGGACGUGGUGGGCGCGGUGGGCGCGGUGGCAGUCGCAAUUUUGCUGGGGGUGAUAAUAAAGGUAAUUCCUCGGGUUGUUUUAACUGUGGUUCUGAAGAUCAUAAGUCUCGUGAGUGUACCGUUCCUAGAAAAUGUUAUGCUUUUCAAAAGGGUGACUGCUCAUAUGGCGAUUCUUGCAAAUUUUUGCACUCCAAUUAGGAACACUUGCUACUGAUACUGUUUGUACCUAAAGAAUUGUACAUGUUUAAUUUUAUGGUUAAAUAAAAGAAGAGUAAUACCUUUU